CAAAUUCAAAUUUAUUCAAAAAUGAAAUUGAUUUUUGGGAUUUUGAUAUUGUGGCAAUUGUGUGGCUAUUCCCAGGCCGGGGGUUAUGAUUAUCCCAAGCCCAAUCAUUCUCAGGAAUUGGUCUAUCAAAAACCCACACGAGAUGUGGCGGAAAAUAUGACCGAAUCCGGGCCACCUCCGGGAGUGCAAGGCGAUUUCAUUGAUGACCUCAUUACCGAGCAUAAACAGCAAAUUUUACUCUCCAUUUUGGGAGGAUCCAAGGCCCCAGCCGCCCAGUUUGUGCCCAGCAGUGAGGGUAAAGCUUUCCAGGGCAACAAGUGUGCCAGUUGUACCUGUGGUGUGCCCAACAUCAAUCGAAUUGUGGGCGGCUCCAAAGUGAAAACCAACAAAUAUCCCUGGAUUGCCCAGGUGCUGAGGGGCUCAUUUCAAUUUUGUGGAGCCACUCUUAUCAAUGACCGUUAUGCCCUGACGGCAGCCCAUUGUGUCCAUGGCAUGGACACUAAAGGUUUGACCGUACGUCUGCUGCAGCUAGAUAAAAAUGCCGCCUCCGAGGGUAUUCUACGUAAGGUCUCUGCCGUCAACAUGCAUCGUCAAUACAGUCCGGCCACUUUGCAACAUGAUAUUGCCCUGCUAAAGCUGGAUCAACCCGUUCCCCUCAAGGAUCCCAUUCGGCCCAUUUGCCUACCCAUUACCAGUAAUCACAAUUUCGACUUUAAACCUGCCAUUGUGGCUGGAUGGGGUUUGACAUCGGAUGGUGGGUCCUCGUCGAAUUUUUUGCGUGAGGUCACGGUGCCCGUUAUCACCAAUGCCCAGUGCAGGGCCACAUCCUACUCCUCCAUGAUUGUGGAUACCAUGUUGUGUGCCGGCUACUUGGAGGGGGGUAAAGAUGCUUGCCAGGGUGACAGUGGCGGUCCCUUGAUAGUCCGUGAGGGUAUUUUCCGUUUGGCCGGUGUUGUCUCCUUUGGCUAUGGCUGUGCCAGUCCCGAUGCUCCUGGGGUAUAUACCAGAGUUAGUAAAUAUUUGGAUUGGAUUGCCGCCAACACCAGGGAUGCCUGCUAUUGUGUUAAAUAGAAACUCCA